GGGAAACAAAAUUAUUAUGAAACAUUCGCUUUGUUUUCAAAUUUUUUGUUGAUAAUUUAGCCGGUCAAGAGCACCAGCAUUGAACCGUCAUGUCUAGAAUUCUCCUUUGUUUUCCAAUUUUUAGUAUAUUUUUCCUUUUUGGCCAUCAAGAAAGAAUUCCUGCCGGUCAUUUGCAGCCGUUAGGUUCGCACCGACCGUCAGAAGGAAAGAUAAAGUCAAUAGAUUUUAUCCCAAGUCCUAAAGAUUUCUUCAAAGAAUAUGCAUCAAUUAGCCAACCAGUCAUUUUCAAGGGAGCUGCAAAAUUGUCUCCAGGAUUUAGUCUGUGGACUGAUAAUUAUAUACGGGAAAAGUAUGGCAGUGUAACUGUACGAGUGGAUUAUGGUAAAAAAGAAAACAGAAAUAGACCAGCUGAUGAUCUAACACUUUCUGAAUUCUUGGCAAUAUACAAUGAUUCAGAUAGAUACCUGGUGGAUACCUUGCCUAAAGAAAUGUGGGAUGAAUUUUUCCUUCCAAACUGCCUGUUAUGUGGAGGAUUUACUACCAGACUUCAAGAUGCAGUAAUGUGGUUUAGCAGUGGAGGUUCAAAAUCUUUUCUUCACAUGGAUACUGUGGAUAAUGUUAACUGUAUGAUCAGUGGAGUAAAGGAGUGGUUUAUAGUUGACCUGGAACACAGCAAAUUAAUUGAUAUGGACCAUGGAGAGGGUGAUUACUGCAGUGUUAAUGUUGAUCAAGUAGACAUGUUCAAGUAUCCAAGUUUGCAAAAUCUUCCAUGGUGGUCAGCACGUCUGGAGCCAGGGGACUGUCUUUUUAUACCAUAUGGAUGGGCUCAUCAAGUAACAUCAUUGUUUCGAAACAUUGCUGUGAACAUUUGGUGGACACCAUUCAGCAGAUUUAACUCAACAGACUGUGAAGUAAAUUCAGAAAAUGGAGAUUCAUCAAAGGCAAAGUUGAGUAACUUUAAGUUCACAACAGGAGAACAGCUAAGAUUUAUGCUUCUUAAAGUGAUAAAAGAACACAAUGGAAUGAUGACAUAUAAUGUUAUCAAUCCUUUGAUUGUGGGAGAGCACACCGGAGAAAGACUCAUAACAAAAACGCGGUUUUCGCUACUUGAUACAGACCAGGAUGGUUACCUAACAGAAGAUAACGUCAUGUCCGUACCUGCCGACGUGGUAGAUGAGGCUUUCGGGCAAACGUUGCCUGGAGAGGUAAAUAUCCGUGGCGAAUCUCGGCGACGUGACGAUAGAGUUACUACACUAUUACAAUCUGUGGAGAAGCAGCCUCCUUUUGUCGAGGAGUUCCUCUUGAGAGACGAUAAAACCUUGGAAGAUUUUAACAAAUUUCUUGGAAAACAUUCGGAACAACUGGACAAGUCUGUGAGAGAUUUUAUACAGGAAAGACUUGAUGAUGUUUUAAAAAGUCAACAGACCGAAUCACAGGGCAAACAUAAUGAAUUAUAGGCUAAAGAACAUUGGAGUCUUUCUGUAUUUUUCUCAGUUUUUUCGUCUGGCUGAAUCAUUGCACAUAGUAGCUCUGUAAAUUGAGGGAUUUAGCAAUUGAUGUGGCGAGGUUUCGGUAAACGCACGCGGAAGUUAGAACGAUACUUGUUUUUCUAAUUGGAAUUACUUUGGAAGGGAAACUUACUUGUUGUCUAGGCUAUUCUGUGCGCUUUUACCUCGUCAUUUUACGUGCGUCUUUUCUUGCUGUUCUGCACAGGAGUUUUCGACUUAAAUGUCUACAUAGAUUUGGUUUUUCUUUAGUAUGCUCACAGAUUGCUAUAGAAACUUGCGCUAUAGAUGGUAGAGAAACCUUCUGGAAAGGUUUCUCAACCAAUUAUAGGUGAAAAACUAAAAUAGCCACGACUUGGCAGCUUCUGUUUUCCCCCGCUUCAGCCUGGUUGCUUGUUUUCUUUUUGACCUCUCAUUGGCUCCUUGUAAUAUUUUCCUUUGCUCUAAUUGGCUGAUGACUUUGUUUUUGUUUUACGACAGCCAUCGAAGUGAGCUCUUCUAAUUCUUUUCCCACCAGUCGUUUAAGCCCUAUUUCCUUUUAUGAAAUUCUUCCAUACAAGAACGAAACAUAAACUGUUCGAGAUCAUUAUUUAAUAUUUCUUUAUUUAAGGGUAAUGGAUAAGUUGAUACAUCAUUAUAAUCUUUUUUUUUUGUUUGUUUCUAGUAAUUCCGUAUGAUUCUACUUCGUAUCACAAAUUCGUCGUUUCUGUCCCUAUAAUCUCUUUUGAC